AUGCAACCUUCAAGUGCACCUGAAACUAUAGACCACGGAGAGAAUCUAGCAAAGUUCUGGAAGGAAAAGUACCUAAACUCCCUGGAAGACCGCUUGUCUAUGGUCCCUCGCAUACCCACUGAUGUGGAUGGUGAACCCGCGUCACCAAUGUUGGCACCUGCUGUAAAGACUGAUGCAAGACUUGGUAACUCUCGUUCCAAGGGAGAUUCUCCUGAACGAACUGGCAUGUCUUUGACUAGUGAGCUGGGAAUGGAGUGGCCAAUAGUAGUAGCUGUCAAAUACCCUGAAAUGGCCAAUCUCCCAACUCGUGUCAGAAGCAAGAUCGACACUCUAGUCCGUGACCACUUCUUGACACUUCGUCUCGGCACCGUAGCAGCAAACAGAGAAUCUUCUGCAAUCCCAACCAUCCGCCACGAAAUGCAAGGAGAAUUUAUAGCUUGGUUUGAUAAAAUGAUUCAAGAUGGUAUGAUUGAAACAACUACAAACAUGUUGGAUGUAGAAAUGAAGCCUAUGGACGCUGCUCGUAUGUCUAUCGAAGCUGUAUUGCUGCAACAUGAACCAUCCCACCAUUUAAUGAUGACACAUGAAGGUGUAUCUCCCGCUGCUCAGGCUCGUGAAGCUGUAAUUGCACCUGCUGCACCACCGCAAACCGUAAUGAAACAACAUCACUAUAAUCCAUUACCGCCAAUCGUAAUCAAUAUCCCUGCUUUAUCACCAUCGAUAUCAGCCAGCUCUCCGAUCUCUUCAACAAUGAUUGCCACAUCCCCAAUAGUUGUAAAUGCUCCACAGCGUCAGUCAUCUCUACCACCAGCACCGACCAUGACAACACGAGCUCCAACUCCCCGUCAACACCCUAUAGUUCCAUAUGACCCCAACUCUGAACGAUGGAUUGCAUGGACCGAUAUUGUACGUCAACGAUUCCCAGAUUGGUCUGGCUCAACUCCUGCAAUGUCCAACUUUGCAAAGGCAUUUCUGAAGGAACAUCGUCUACCAGAAACCCGAGUAUCUCCAUUAACCGGUAUCACAUCCAAACCAACACUCGGUAUUCCAAAAGACCUACAAAAGUCCUUCAUGGAUGGAUUUGAUCGUCGCUUCCGAACUCAGAAUGGUGAAUGGGUACAAGAACGUCGAAAGGGUGUCAUUAUCAACCUCCAUCCUCUCGGUGACCGUGAUCCAGAUGCUUUACCGAUAGUACGAGCUCACAAACCGGAAAAAGUACAAUAUGAAAAGGUCGUUCGAACAAACUCCUUCCCUGGACAUAUAAUCACUCGUGAUUUGCCCGGUCAAAGACGCUCAGGUGGAUCUCCAAUGAAACGAACUAGUAGUGUCUCUUCUGUCGGAUCAGUAUCUUCUUCAAGUGGAACUCGACUAGGUAACACUGCCGGUGACUUUGUCUUGUCUCCGACAGAAACAACCGAGCAACGCGGUAGAUACUUGGUCAAGCUCUGGACGGAUGUCAUACGCGGCAAGCACGAAGCCUUCUUGUUGGACAACGUCCGCAAUGUAUCUCUGCAAACUCGAGUCAGAAACGGUGUCAAGGACUUCAUCAUCAAGAAUGCCCCAUCAUUGGAUUUAACUCUGGAAUCAUGUCUCGUCACAUCCGAUCGCGGUCGUCAAAGCUUUGGUAUCCCAGACGUCUUGAUUCCUUCCUUCUUGGCCUGGUUUGAAGAUGAACGCAAGACGGCAUUUAAAAAAUACUCUGAUGGAACAUCUGUAUCAGACUUGUUUAAGAAUGACGAGCUGCAAUCGUCGUCGUCAAGUAACAAUACGCUCGGAAAUAGUCUGGCUCGUAAACGAUUACUGGGUCGUAGUAAUGUGCGAUCGGAACAAGAUGAUGCCGCUGCUAUGGAUGCUUUUGCUAUGAUGUCGUCGCCCACUGACGAGGACUCUCCAAUGGAGAAUUCAAGAGCUAAACGCCCAAGAUUAACUAUGGAUCAGUCAUAUGAAUUAUAUAUUGCUGCAUCGGCUGAUGUACUCGACUCUCCACUCAGUGCUGGACUAACACCAACUCCAACUGCGAUGGAUCGUGAAGACAGUCCAUUCCCAUUGACUCGCUACACUUCCUUGGUUAAGCAAAUGAUGCCCAACUACGCCGACCUCCCCAAAUCAACCCGAAUCGCUAUCAAGAAAUCAGCCAAGAACUUUUUGAUUGCCACCAUCGGUCUCGAACGACUCAACGAAUGCAUUGUUUGGCCCAAGAAGGGAAUCUUCCAAACAUAUUCGAUUCCAUACCACCUCCACAAUGCCUUCUACCAAUGGAUUGGUGACCGUUUUUCACAAUACUGUGCUCCCGCUGGAGGUCGAAAUCUUGAGAUCGGUGCUGCUACAGCACAACAAGACGAACAAGAAGAAGCUGAAGUUUCUACACCGUUAGUGAGAGAGGACAGUGUCGUACAAGACGCCGUAGCUAUGGAUGUCGAUCCCACCACUCUAUAG